GCGUCCGAAGUGGGAAGCCAGGCUUAUUGAUCGAUUGUCACUUCCUAGUGAACAGAAGAGCGGAUGCAACGGCCUCUUAAAAAUUGAUUCGAGCGUGUCUUAUUGUUGUGUGUGUGUGCAUAUAUAUAUAUAUAUAUAUAUGUAUAUAAACAUAUAUAUCUGCAUGUAGGUGUGUUUUUUGUUUGUUUGUUUGUUUUUUUUUUUUUUUCGCAUUUAAGGAGGCUGUAGAGCUCGUCAGCCCGUGAUUAGGAGGUUUGAAUCUGGGGUUAUGAGAGAGGAGGUUUGAAUUAGCGCCAAACUGCAACCAUGGCGGAGGCUGGGGGUGCCUUCGUGACGCGCGCAUUCGAAUGUAUGCUGAAGGAUCCAGCGGCUCGCAGGUUUCCCAGUUUGCAGACUGCUCUCAAGGCAUAUUUAGACAGGAAACCUGUGUCACCACUGUCUGAGCUCCAAGAAGUGCCCGUGCCAAUCUUUCGUGAUGUAAUAUCCGUUGUCCAAGACAAUGUCUCCGAAGGUGAUGCGUCAAGCCCUGAAGAAGGCGACCAGCAGUCUACGCAGACCAGCCUGGUUGUAUCGCCCUCCAAGUCUAGUACCGGACUGGCGGCUGCGGCAGCUUUAUCUGAGGCCGGACAUAUGCUGGAAGGUUCCGAAGCAGACCUGGUGAUCUCACCCUUGCGUCUGGCCUGUGAGACGAAGCAGUCCAAGCUCAUGGAACCAGCUCUGGACUGCCUGCAUAAACUUAUAUCGUACGGCCAUCUGGUGGGAGAAGCUGGUGUGGAUGGAGGAAGGAACACGCAGUUGGCAACUGAAAUUUUAAACAUGGUCUGUGCGUCUGAUGACACUACCGCACCUGACAGUUUGGUUCUUCAGGUCAUUAAGGUGCUUCUGACAGCCGUAGCUUCACCAACUUUUCAAGUGCGUGGAGAAUGUUUCUUGACUGCUAUUCGAACGUGCUACAACAUCGUUUUGAACAGCAAGAACCCUGUGAACCAGGCGACUGCGAGGGCAACUUUGACACAGAUGAUCAACAUUGUUUUGAGGCGCAUGGAGUCUGACAUAGAGGCUGGUAAGAUUGUGUCAUCACCAUCAGCACAAGCACCUGACGAUGCACAUGCUAGCAGCUCCAACGACGAAGACCCAGUUACAUCUUCGAAUGAGAAUGUCCCCCACGAAGACGAUGGGCAAAGCGCAGCGGAGCCAGCAUUGGUGUACAGCAGGACGACCACAAUUCAUAUAGACCCAGAGACUGGGGAAGCAAGGAAUGCGAGCACAGGGGAGACGAUGGAAAUGUCUAUUCGGUCACUUCGACCGCUGCCAAGCACCCCUCCACCAGUGCUAAUUGCGGAGUUUCAACAUCUGGCUACCGAAUCCAAUCUCAAGGGUAUUGAAGCUGCUUUGGACCAAGCUGUAACUCCUGAAGGAGCGAUCAAGAAUCUUGAUGGGAAGGACCUGGAUCUUUUGACCUUGGGCCAGAAGGAUGCUCUUCUUGUCCUCCGCACCAUCUCCAAAAUGGCCAUGAAGGAUGGAAGUGAUGAUCUGCUGAAUAGAACCAAGCUACUUUCUCUUGAGCUGCUCCAGGGAUGCCUGGAAAGUGUAAGUCAUGCUUUCACGACGAACUUCGCUUUCAUCGAGCUCGUAAAAGCGUACAUAUGCUAUGCAUUGUUGAGAUCGUGUGUUUCGCCAACUGCAGCAGUUUUCCAGCUCGCAGUGAACAUCUUUUUUAUAAUGAUGCAACGCUACAGAACUAGCCUCAAGGCGGAGUUGGGAAUACUUUUCAACUUGAUUGUUUUGCGGUCCUUAGACAUCGACUGUCCUCUUCAUCAGAAGUCAGCAGUCCUGAAAAUGGUGGGGAAGGCUUGCGAUGAUCCGCAGAUGCUGACGGACAUUUUUGUGAACUAUGAUUGCGAUCUGGAGGCCACGAACUUAUUUGAACGCAUGGUUAAUUCCCUAUCACGACUCGCCCAAGCAACGGUCAGUGGAGAUCUCAAUGCUGCGAAUGCCUCGCAAAGCAUUGCAUUGAAAGCCUCGGCCCUUCAGUGCCUGGUGAGCGUUCUAAGGUCACUCGGAACGUGGACAUCAAAACAGAGAGGGAACAGACCUGUGUUUCCUGAUCUUUCUGUUGCUGAGGUUGAGGUCGAUGGCGAUGGGAUGAAUGGUGACGGCAGUGAUGUGGAAGUGAAAGAUGACACCAAGUCUGUGACCCAAGGGGAUGAAUUUGAAAAAGCAAAAGCUCUGAAGGUCUCUCUGGAGAGUGGUAUUGCCAAGUUCAAUGUGAAGCCGUCGAGCGGGAUGAAGUUCCUUUUCGAGCAUAAUCUUGUAGCCAAGGAGCCGAAAGCAGUUGCUCAGUUUCUGAGGGAGUCGCCAGGGUUGGAUAAGACGAUGAUUGGGGACUACUUGGGGCAGCACGACGAGUUUUCGAUGGCAGUAAUGCACUCGUAUGUUGAUGCGCUGGAUCUUAGUGGCAUGAAGUUUGACAAAGCCAUUCGGAUUUUUCUGAACGGGUUUCGUCUUCCUGGUGAAGCGCAGAAGAUCGAUCGUAUCAUGGAGAAGUUUGCAGAGAGCUAUUGCCGUGAUAACCCAAGUCUGUUUAAGAACGCGGACACUGCGUAUGUACUGGCGUAUGCAGUGAUCAUGCUAAGUACCGACGCCCACAAUCCUAUGGUGACGAAGAAGAUGACCAAGUCUGCUUUUGUGCGCAUGAAUUCGUCCAGCGACGUGGAUGAGCACGCUGCCCUGGAACUGUUGGAAGAAAUAUAUGAUUCUAUAGUUGGAGAGGAGAUAAAACUGAAGGACGAGGAUUCUAAGCGGGAGAGGCGCGAAAAGAGAAGGUCGCUGGUGAGUAUCUUGAAUCUGGGUGGAUUUAGAGGAAGAAAUGCAGCGGAUGCAAAGAAAGAGAGCGAUGAGAUAAUCGACGUGACGCAGACGAUAUUCAAGAAAGUAAGGUUCAAGAAAGGGGUGUUUCACAAGGCAGAGCAUGAAGACCUGGCUCGUCCCAUGCUGGAUGCCGUUGGGUGGCCAUUGCUUGCAGCGUUCUCUGUGACUAUGGAGGACAGCGACAGCAAGUCUGGAGUUCUCCUGUGCAUGGAAGGGGUUCGACUGGGAAUACACUUGACGAAGGCCCUGGGAAUGGAGACCAUGCGUUAUGCAUUUCUGACGUCGUUAGUGAGGUCCACGUUUUUGCACGCACCAAUGGAAAUGCGGUCGAAGAAUGUGGAGGCUUUGAAGACACUGCUAACAAUGUGCCAGAACGAGCCAGAAGCGUUGCAAGACACGUGGAAUGCUGUUUUGGAGUGCGUAUCGAGGCUGGAGUUCAUAGUCACAACUUCGGGCAUUGCAUCGACCCUGAUGCAGGGUAGCAACCAGAUAUCUCGGGACUCUUUGAUGCUAUCGUUGACGGAGCUGACCGGGAAGGCGACGGAACAAGUAUUUGUGAACAGUGUUCAGCUACCAAGCGAUGCGAUAGUGGAGUUCUUUGCAGCUUUGUGUAGCGUUUCAGCCGAAGAGUUGAGGCAGUCUCCACCACGCGUGUUCAGUUUGACGAAGCUAGUGGAGAUUAGCUCCUCCAACAUGACACGGAUUCGAAUGGUUUGGGCCAGGAUAUGGGCAGUUCUAUCUGUGCACUUCGCUGCAGCUGGAAGCCAUUCUGAUGAGAAGAUUGCAAUGUAUACAAUCGAUUCUCUUCGGCAACUUGCGGUGAAGUAUCUUGAGAGGGUGGAAUUGGCGAACUUCACGUUCCAGAAUGAUAUUCUGAGGCCUUUUGUUAUGAUUAUGCGGAACAGCAAAAACCCGACGAUCAGAGCUCUCAUCGUGGACUGCAUGGUACAGAUGAUCAAAUCGAAGGUUGGGAGCAUUAAAUCUGGGUGGCGAAGUGUGUUCAUGUUCUUCUCCUUAACCGCGUAUGAUAGUGUGGUAUCCAUAGCUAACAUUGCUUUUGAGCACGUGGAGCAAGUUGUGCUGGAGCAUUUCGAUCAGGUGGUUGGAGAUUGCUUUAUGGACUGCGUGCAUUGUCUGGUUGCAUUUGCAAACAAUAGGAUCAGUUCACAGACUAGUCUGAAAGCGAUCGCUCUUCUUCGAAUCUGUGAGGAUCGGCUGGCAGAUGGCCAGAUAGGCGGUGGUGUUUGGAAUCUAGGAGGGAGCGAAGAUCAACCGUAUCUUGAGGCGUCGGAGUACUACUUAUUUCCAAUGCUGGCUGGACUGUCGGGUCUGACGUCGGAUCCGCGAAUAGAAGUUAGGAGCUGUGCUUUGGAGGUUCUAUUUGACCUCCUGAAGGAGCGGGGGAAGAACUUUUCUGGAGCUUUCUGGGAGAUUGUGUUCCAUCGUGUAUUGUUUCCCAUUUUCGACUACGUUCGCUAUGCUAAUAAAGAUGGGGAGAAGCCGGCGUCUGUAGAUCAGUGGCUUCGGGAAACUUGCAUACACUCGCUGCAGCUUUUAUGCGACCUGUUCAGCAGUUUCUACAAGGAGGUUUCGUUUUUGCUACCGGCAUUGCUAGGGUUAUUGCUGGACUGCGGUACCCGGCCAGAUCAAACCUUGGCAGCAAUUUCGAUGGGUGCUGUGGUUCGACUCGCUGAAGUUGGCGGCCACCAGUUCAACGAUAAGGAUUGGACGACUUUACUGGACAGUAUUCGGGAUGCGUGUUACACCACGCAACCAGUGGAACUGUUGAACCCGGAGAGCAUGUUGACGUUUGGGUCAGAUAAUGUCUCAGGACAAAGGGCGCUGUCGAUUGCAUCCCCUUCAUCGAGUAUGCGAGGAGGUUAUAGCUCAUACGGUCAAUCUGAGGGGGAUAGGGGGCAUUUUGACGCUCGCGACAACGGCGCAGUGGAAGGAAUGCCGAAGAGUCUGAGCAACUGUGACUCAUCGAAGACUAAUCGAGCGCCAAGUUAUGACGCUGUGGCCGAUGAUCGACUUGAAAGAUUGAGCAUCGCAGAGUCUGAAGGUUCCGAAGCAGCAGCAUCAGUUGCUUCUCCGAGGGUUGGCAAGGCAAGUGGACGGUCUUUCAUGAGCAACGUGAUGGAUACAGUGUUGUUGAAGAACACGACAUUCAGGAGUGUUAGAGGCAAACCUGCGGAUGGUGGUGUACAUAGUUCUUUGCAGGAUGUGGAUAUGGGCGAGCAAGGUCCGGACGGCAGCGAAGUGGAAGGGCCUUUGCUGCAGGAUGUGAGGACGAAAUGCGUGAUACAGCUUUUGCUGUUGGGUGCGCUGGAUAGUCUCCAAAGGAAUCACUGGCAGAGACUUCAACCGUCACACAAGCGACUGGUUAUGGAUACUCUGUUGUCAAUGGUAGAUUUUUCUGCUUCGUACAACAAAGACUCGAACCUUCGAAGUAGGAUGCAGCACGUGUAUGGUGAUAGGCCUCCCCCAAAUCUGCUGCCUCAGGAGACGGAAGGUACGAAGAUUUAUCUUGCAGUGCUGAACAAAAUUGCGGCUGAGAGUGUUCAUGAAGUGAGAAGUCAUGAGAAUGUGGAGCAGGGAAAUGGAGAUCCCGAAAUUGGUGAGAUAUCAUGGAAAGGUGGGAGGCAGAAGCUGAGAGAGGAGGCUGAGAGGCAGUUGGUGUCAUUUUGUGGGCACGUUUUGAAAGAAGUUGCCGCUUUGCAACCAGUUCCAGACGAGGCUGUGCAGAGUGGUUUCCACCGAGUGCUUGAUCCGCGGUCAGCAGUGACUGCUGAGGUGUUGGAGGCGAUGAGGGACAUGGAUACCCUCCUGUUCAAAAAACUUUUACCAGAAUUUUACCCUUAUUUCACGAAGCUUAUCUGUAGUGACCAGAUGGACGUGAGGAAGGCAUUGGGGGAGCUAUUUAGGGUGCAAUUGGUAGCUCUUCUGCCCUGAAUGUGGGUAGGAGCAGGGAGUGGAUUCAGUUUUGAAGGUUGGUUUUUUUGUGGAUAGAGAAGCCGGUCAUAGUGAGGCUGGACAGUCAUCCCUUGUAGACUUGUUGAGAUGGAAUCAUUAUUCCGUUUUAGGGUUUUUGCCGUUGAAUUUUUAAAUUGUAUUUCUAUUUUUCAUAGGUAAUGUUUUCACAACUUGCAUUGAUUUUUGUA